AUGACCGCCACCGCGCCGCGCGCGCCCGAAGAGCUCGAGCGCGCGCUCGCGACGUGCGAGCGCGCGCUCGCCGAGCAGCGCGCCCUCGGGGCGCGCGCGGCGGAAGAUUUCUCCAAACAUCACGCGCGCGCGCUCGCGGAGGCGCGCGAGCGAGGACGUCGACGAUCGCUCGGGAUGAAAAUCGCGCUCGCGGUGACCGUGGUGUUGACGUUAAUCAGCGCGCGACGCGGCCGGGCGGUUCGAACGGUGACGAGGGCUCGGGACGAGGCGCUGCGGUCGCUGGGGACGUGUCGGGGCGACGUCGAGGCGCUGCGGGCGCGAGGCGGGAAAGUCAGUGGAACGCGCGAUGGAAGUGGACGUGGGACGGGAGAUUCGACGCCGAGGACGCUGGGACAGUGCGUGGAGACGCUGGGGGAAGCGCGGAGGGAAAACGAGCGGCGGGCGAGCGCGGUGGAGGCGUGCGAGAGACGCGUGCGAGCGCACGCGACGGGCGACGCGUCGUAUUUUCAAGACGCGAGCGAAGCGCGAGAGAUGCUCGAGGCGAUGAAAGCGAGGAUGAGGGAUAAGGAUGAGGCGCUGAAAUUGGUACAGACGCGCAUGCGGUUGAUGCAGUACGCGGCGACGCUGGUGGUGAUGGCGUUCGCCGCGGCGGCGGCGCAUCCGACGGUUCGCGAGAGUUUCCUCGACCUCGUGCGAUCGAGCGAUCGACGGACGAUCGAGCGCGUGGCGCGAGAUGAAUUGGCGCAAGCGCGCGAGCGAUCGCGGUCGCGGUCACCCGCUCGCGCGGCUGUUGAACCGACGAAGACGCCGCCGUUAUCGCCCACGCGUUUCGUCCGCACGGCUACGAAGACGCGCAUCGAGUGA